CUCGUCCCAGGCAGACGGCAGGCCAGCCCCCUCCCCAGACCCAGAGCUGGCGGGGUGGCCUCCUCCAGGAGCCUCACACGCUGCCCUCCACCAAGCAAGCUUGCAUCUGACCCACCAUGGUCCCCACAGAAGUCACAAGCCUGAUCCCUAACAUGCCAGAUGACUAUAGCUAUGACACCACGUCUUCCAUGGAAGAUUACGGGAACUUCAACAUCACUGACUUAUUCUGUAAGAAAAACCACGUCAGGCAGUUCGCAAGCUACUUCCUUCCACCCUUUUACUGGCUCGUGUUCAUCGUGGGGGCCUUGGGCAACAGUCUGGUCAUCCUUGUCUACUGGUACUGCACGAGGGUGAAGACCAUGACCGACAUGUUCCUUUUGAAUUUGGCAAUCGCUGACCUUCUCUUUCUCGUCACCCUUCCCUUCUGGGCCAUUGCUGCCGCUGACCAGUGGAAAUUCCAGACCUUCAUGUGCAAGGUGGUCAACAGCAUGUACAAGAUGAACUUCUACAGUUGUGUGCUUCUGAUCACGUGCAUCAGCGUGGACAGGUACAUCGCCAUUGCUCAGGCCAUGAGAGCGCAGAUGUGGAGGCAGAAAAGGCUUCUGUACAGCAAAAUGGUCUGCUUUACUGUCUGGGUGAUGGCGGCCGCACUCUGCGUCCCAGAACUCCUGUAUAGCCAAGUCAAGAAGGAGUAUGGGAUCGCUAUCUGCACCAUGGUUUACCCCAGUGACGACAGUACCAAACUGAAGUCAGCUGUCUUGACUCUGAAAGUCAUCCUGGGAUUCUUCCUCCCUUUUGUGGUCAUGGCUUGCUGCUAUACCAUCAUCAUUCACACCCUGAUACAAGCCAAGAAGUCAUCCAAGCACAAGGCCCUGAAGGUGACCGUCACUGUGCUCACUGUCUUCAUCCUAUCUCAGUUCCCCCAUAACUGCGUUCUGCUGGUGCAGACCAUCGAUGCCUACAGCACGUUCAUCUCCAGCUGUGCUGUCUCCACCAACAUUGACAUCAGCUUCCAGGUCACUCAAACCAUCGCCUUUCUCCACAGUUGCCUCAACCCUGUUCUCUACGUUUUUGUGGGUGAGAGGUUCCGCCGGGAUCUUGUGAAGACCCUAAAGAACUUGGGUUGCAUCAGCCAGGCUCAGUGGGUUUCAUUUACAAGGAGAGAAGGAAGCCUGAAGCUGUCAUCUAUGUUGCUGGAGACAACCUCGGGAGCUCUCUCCCUCUGAGGGAUCUUCUCCCCGAGGUGGAUGGUCCUUUUGGAAGUAACAAGAAAUACAGCUAUGACUUCCCUUACUGGUAGGGCCAAAGGGAAAGCAGAGAAGGAAAAGGAAGUGAAAAAAAGGAAAUAAAAA